AUGCUUCCUCCGCUUCCGGAACUCUCCGACUAUGGAGUCUCACCCACUAGCGGGUUCCUCCCCGAGGUCCUACCCCUGUCGAGACUCCCGGACCCCUACUACAACAAGUGGGAAGCCGUGGCUGCCAACCUGCAGGCUCUCAUCCUCAGCAAGCGUCUGAGGCCCGUCCUCGACCGCCUGCCGGUCCUCUCCACCAUCGGUCUGGAACAUGACGCGGAGUGGCGGAGGGCCUACUCGAUCCUCUGCUUCAUGGCCCACGGCUACAUCUGGGGCGGUGACAGCCCUUCGGACCGCCUGCCGGCCUCCAUCUCGGUGCCCCUGCUGCAGGUCGCCGAGCGCCUCGACGUGGCCCCCGUCGCCACCUACGCCGCCGUCUGCCUGUGGAACUUUAAGCCGCUGUUCGCAGACGAGCCGAUCGACGACCUCGAGAACCUCGCCACCCUCAGCACCUUCACCGGCUCCAUUGACGAGUCGUGGUUUUAUCUGGUCUCGGUCGCCAUCGAGGCCCGCGGCGCCGCCACCAUCCCCCUGAUGCUCAAGGCCAUCCAGGCCGCCAGGGACGGCGAUGCCGACACCGUCACGUCCUGCCUGGUCGCCUUUGCCGAGCGCAUCGACGACCUGGGCAACCUGCUGCAGCGCGUGCACGAGAACUGCGACCCGCACAUCUUUUACCACCGCAUCCGGCCCUUCCUGGCCGGCAGCAAGAAUAUGGCGGACGCUGGUCUGCCGCACGGCGUCAUCUACGAGGACGCCUCCGGCAACGAGUCGUACCGCCAGUACAGCGGGGGCAGCAACGCGCAGAGCAGCAUCAUCCAGUUCUUCGACAUCGUCCUGGGCAUCGAGCACCGCCCUACCGGCGCCAAGAAAGCCGGUGGUGAUCAGCAGCAGGGGCAGCCGAAGCACGGACGCCCCGACGGCUCGGCGCCACCCCAGCACAACUUCAUCAUGGAGAUGCGGCGGUACAUGCCGGGCGGACACGCGCGGUUCCUGGGCGCCGUGGCGUCGGUGGCCAACAUCCGGCAGUUCGUCGAGGCGCGCAGCGCCACCGACAAGCCGCUCGCGCUGGCCUACGACGCCUGCCUGGCCAUGCUGCGCGCCCUGCGCGACCGCCACAUCGCCAUCGUGGCCCGCUACAUAGUCGUGCCGUCGCGCGAGGCGAUGCGUGAUCGGAGCCGCAGCUCCGAGGCCGUCCGGGGCGAGGCGACGGCAGGCAGGUACAAUGCUGCCGCCAAGGUCAACCUCGCGACGGCCGUGUCCCGAGGGCCGAAGGGCAUCGCGCUCGACACGUCCGGCAGCGCGGGCAAGAAGGACCAGCUCAAGGGCACGGGUGGCACGGCGCUCAUUGCGUUUCUGAAGCAGGCGCGCGACGAGACGGGCGAGCCGGCCAUCGAGGCCUGGACGAGGAGGUUCAUCAAGCGCGGCAACGGCAAGGUGCCCGGAAGCGGGGAUUUCUUCCUCGGAAAGGAGGACGGUCCCGACGAUGAUGUCGUGCAGGUCAAUGGGCUUGCGGGCAUGUGGAUUAUGGAGGGUGAAGGGGGCGGGAUUUGUAAUUACUGA